GAGGUGUCUAUACUCUCUCGGGGAAAGCUUGGGAAAGCUGCAGGCUGUGGUUAUGGCGAAACAGCGGCAGCGACUGCGAGCGGUACGGGGCGUGUUUCCCCGUGGGACGCUCUCACGGGCAGUCGUCCUUUCCGCAGGUGUGAUUGUUCUCCUGACUGUGGGUUUCUGCGAAUGCGUCCUCGUGGCGGACGGGGAAGCACGCGCAGAGAGAACUACCGACUCUGCGAGGAGAUGGAGCGAACCAUCGCUCUUCUCUGAGAAUGCCUUCGUUCUGAAUCGGAAUUAUGGCGGCAACAAAGAGUCUUCUAGAUCGUUGCUCGCAGCUGGUACGCAGCCAGGCCUUCCGUCUUUAACUGUCCUGCAGACGGACCUGGUUGUUAAACAACGAGUCCUGCUGAGACACGUGGCAGAAUAUCCUUUCCAGAUUCCAUCCAGUGCCACCGUAUGGUGCGGAGACACGAUUCAAGACGUAGUCCUCGAUCCCGUCGACCUCAUCUUCUAUUACAUUCUCGACGAGCAAUGCGCUCGCGUUGGUGCAAUCAAAUCCACGUUAACACAUUGGCGGGUGUCGUACCGAAAGGCGGCCUUGCGGAACAUCAGUGCCGAUGGCCUCGUUAAGGAGGAGGUGAUCAGCUACUGGUGGAACGCGAGCGUGCCAGACAGCCCGGCCGCUUCUGCUCCUAUUGUUCUCCGCGAUCCCGAACGCAUCCCUUCCAUCGACAUGGCUCUGACGAAUGGCAUGGAUCUCUCCCCUUCCCGCUCCCACCUCGUCGUGGGUGCGCGAGUGCCCAGAUCAAAGUCGGGUUUGGCGCUCCUGUCUGUUGCCGAUGGCAGUCGUUUGACCUUCCCGUCAAAUGCGGACGCUCUCGGGAGCUUGGCGUUCAGCCCCGACAAGAGUCGCCUGUACACAGUAGAUUUGAGCGCACCGACAAUUCGUCUAGAGUCUGCAGCGGUGCCUGCUGCUCCCGACGGUCUUCCUCUGAGUGCAGCCACUUCUUUCCACCAGGUGGCGAUCUAUACCCAGAAUGGGAACCCGAACAUCACCGACAUGACGUUCGGUUCCCAGAGCUUCGCUCCAGACGGAAGCUGUCUUUAUUUCCUGGACUCCGACUACGGGAGAGUGUGGGCGCUCGACCUCUCAUCAACACAGAAGACGCCGAUUCUGGUUGCAGGUACGGACGAGGAAGGGAUGCAGGACGGGGGUCCUUUGAUGGCGAAGUUCGAGGAUCCGCGAGAGUUGGCCGUGACAUCGGACGGAUGCAAUCUCUUUGUGUCUGAGAGGAACGGUUUUCUGCGAAGGAUCGAGCUCGAGCAACCGUGUGGAAGAGCUCGGAGCGUGGACACGGUGGUCAGAUACGGCCCCGGAGGGUUUCGAGGACUGGCGCUCCGCAGCGACGGCACUCAACUGUACGUCUACGUGGGUUCGAACGAUGGCCACCUCUUCGAGCUGGAGAUCAAGCAGGACCUGCUGCCAGUAUGCGGACCGCUGCCUUCAUCGUCGUCGUCCCAGCCACCCCACCAACCCGAUCCCAGCUCAAUCUCGUCUGUGCCCUAUCAUCCUUCGCAGCCAUCCUCCGAGUCCCCCCCUUCCUCCUCUCACACCUAUCCCAGCUCUACAGCCACGCCUUCAUCCUCUUACUCCUCUCCUUCCACGCCUUCGUCCUCUUACUCGUCUCCUUCCGCGUCUUCGUCCUCUGCCUCCUCUUCUUCGCCCACACCUUCUUCCUCCUCCGGUUCCUCCGGAGGUCGCGUGGUUCUCCUCGUCGUCCUUCCGAUUGUGUCCGUGUCAGCUGUGGCUCUCGUUGCUGGCGUGCUGUUUGUUGUCUGCCGGCGGCGCAGAGAGGACCAAGUCACGCAGUCAUCAGCUCGAAGCCAGGCUUAUACAGGGCAGCAGCAGCCGGUCUCGACUGGGUCCAACAUCGAGGUGCCGGUGAGCAGUUCGGCUGGAGUGCUGCAAUCUGGGGAGGACUCUCUCAUCGCUCCACCACAUCGCCGAGCGGACGAUGGCCUCCACCCUACCACGGUGAGACCGUUCUCCCUCCGUGAUCUUCAACAGUGCACGAACAACUUCGAUUCCAGCUACCGGAUUGGCGAAAAGGGCGCGUUUGGCGCAGUGUAUUGGGGUCACAUCGGCGGGGCUGAUCUGGCAAUCAAGGUGAUGGACGGGCGAUUGACAGAGUCGGGACGGAGACAGUUCGUUGCGGAGGUGAACACUCUGAGCCGCGUUCAUCACGGCAAUCUUAUCCAGCUCGUCGGCUACUGUGACGAGGGGAGCAAGUCCGUACUGGUGUACAACUACUACCCCGGCAGCAGCUUGCACGCCCGCCUGCACAACCCGCAGACCAUUCGCGCUCAAGCCCCCGUUCCUCCUCUGACGUUGCUGGAGCGCGUGUCCGUCGCACUGCAGAUCGCAGAAGCUCUGCGAUAUCUCCAUUUCGGCGCGAGUCCCGCGGUGAUCCAUCGCGACGUGAAGAGUUCAAACGUUCUUCUGUCGGGUGGCGCUGGGGACAACCUCCGCGCUGUCCUCGCGGACUUCGGUCUCGCGACCAUCGUGGAGAAAGUAUUCCAGACGAAGGUGGACGCGACUGUGCAAACUUUUCACAUCUCCGGCACGCGUGGGUACAUGGCGCCGGAGUUACUGAAUGGCAGAUUGUCCGUGAAGAGCGACGUGUACGCUUUCGGAGUCGUCGUUCUGGAGUUGUUGACAGGUAAGCCGGCGAUCGUGCCGGGAUCCGGACCUGGAAGUGAAUCGUAUCAGCUUGCUUCCUGGGUGAAACACGUGUACAACGAUACAAGAUUGGACCUCGUUCGAAGCGUUGUUGACCCUUCGCUGCAGCCCGAAGUUAUGAGGAGUGAUGCUCUCACGAACUCGGUGAUGAAGGCCAUCUCGUUGGCCAUGGAAUGCUGCUUGGAGGACGACAAGUCCAGGCCGACGAUGACCUCUGUCCUUGACAGAGUGACAACCAUCGUGUCGGACGUGAGGAAAGGGAGAGUGGAAAUGGACCGGUAGGUAGGGCAGUUUAUCUUCUUGCCUUUAGUAUAUGCCAUCAAGCUA